AUGAAGUCCACCGGAGGAGCAUCACGUUCCUCUUCCCUCCUUUCGGCAGCAUCUGGCUCAUUCACCGAGUCAGUGCGAAGCGCGGCACUCAAAGAGAAUAAAGACUGCUGGGUGUGUGGGUCGUUGGAACCCGAAAUCGCUCACGUAUUUGCAAAGGCAGACUCGAGGAUCGAAAUAUGGCGUGAGCUUGGGCUCGUGGACUUUCUGCCAUGUGGGUUACUCAACAGUAUCCCACUGUGCCCUAAUUGCCACAGCCAGUAUGACUCAAGCGAUCCUGGCCUGACCAUAAUCCCUUACGAUAUCGCGUAUUUCAUCAGCUUUGAAAAAAAGGACCAGGCACGCCGCCGCAAGGCAGGCAAAAAGGUGCCGCGCAUUAUCCCCUCGAACCAGCAAUAUGCCGCCCACUGCCAUGCCAAGUUCUCGAACAGGUAUAACGAUGAAGAGGCGGAGAAGGCAGGACUCUAUCGAGCGGUAUUUUUAAAGGAGUACUUGGUACCUCGAGUCAUUGAGUUUGGUAAAGGCGCUUGCGCCUUUUUGACCAACCCCAAGCCAUGGUAUGGGGCGCCCUUAGCGCUGUUCAACCAAGCAUUUCUGGCGAGCAUAUCACCACGAGCCUCUGCAUGGCUCGACAUGAAGACGCACGACCAACUCCAAGAGCUGCGUGUUCUGUACUACAGAAAUUUGGUUGAGGAAGAAGAGGGGCAAGGCCCUGAAUCGCCAGGUGAUGGCGGUGAUGCACCCAGCGACGGCGGGCAUGGUGAUGGCGAGGAUGACAAUGGGCAAGAGCCCUCGAAACGCAAGCGGGCUGAAGAGGACCAGCCCCCGACCCAGAUCAAGAAUCAAAAGACCAAGAAGCACAAUGCCCAUGUUGAAUUGCAAUACUGCCGACAGGGGUUCAUAAACACCUCUUUAUAUGAGAUGGUUGAGCAAUGGGUGGAAAGUGUCCAAUGA